UCAUCAGGGCGUGAACAUAACGCUCUGGUGCGGAGUGUGUUAGCAUGGAAAGAAUGUAUUAAUGAAUGAGUCGAACGAACUGUGUAAAGCGCUUUGUGUCUCCUAGAGUCGACCAUUUCAUCUCAAUAUGGAUGUUUCAACUUCAAUGGGUGGAUCAAGUGUGGACGUGUAGGAAAACAUACCAUUGGUGAACCAACACAUAUGGACAUGUCCAUGGACCACUCCUCACGAGGAUUAUAAUCUUUCAACACAAAUUCACCCUUUGAGUCUCACACCCAACAGACAACAACUUUUCACUUCUGUUGGCCUGGUUGUGUCAUCAGCCCAAGAUGCUGCAGCAGAUAUUGACUGACAUGUUCAUUGAGCCCGAGCUCUUGGCAGAGCUAAACGAGGACCAGAAGCAAACGCUGUUCUUUAAGAUGAGAGAGGAACAGGUUCGCCGGUGGAAAGAGCGAGACGCCCAACAGGUGAAGGAAGAGGUUGGGUCGAAGAGGCCCAAGAAAGACCCUGCUAAGAGCGUCUCCUGGAUGAAAGCGUCUGACGGUGAUGAUUGGGUGUGGGUGAUGGGAGAUCACCCUGAGGACAAGUCUUAUGACCAGAUCUGUGAUGGGAUCAUGGCCCAAAGGGCAGCACUACAAGCCCAGAAGGAAGCUGAGGAGCUCAGGGCUAAGAAGGAGGCCGAGCUGGAGAAGAGGUUCUCCGCGGUGCACCUGGACCCAGAGCUGGUGCUCGCCGCCAAGGAGGUGGAGCUCAGGGAGGAGGAGGCCCGACAGGCAGCCGCCAAGGAGCAGCUGAGGCUGAAGGAAGAGCUGAAGAAGAAGGAGGAGGCCGAGAGGUGCAAGGCUGAGGAGGAGGUGCGGGGCCUGGAGGAGGCGCGGGCACAGCAGAUCUACAUGGACCUGAAGGACGUGCAGAAGAGCCGGCAGCACCAGGACAAGGAGGACAAGGAGGACAAGGCCUGGCAAGAGACACUGCGUAAAUCCAAAGUGGCAGACCAGCGUCGGCUGUCGAUAGCCAAGCAGACUCGAGAGGACUACCGCAGGCGCUCGGUGAAGGCCCUGGAGCAGGGGCGUGUGUCUUCCGUGACCAAGGCCCUCGGUGGGGAGAAACCAGCCCUGCCUCCCAAACCCAAACCCAGGAACCUCACCGUAACCAGCGACGUCAUCACUCAGAAGCCCGGUGUGCGGCGGACGCCGUCCUGCUCCAGCCCCGAGCGCAUCAUCCAGUGGUUCAGGGACGAGCAGCUGCCCCUCAGGGCCGGUUUCCAGAGAGACCAGAGCCGCAUAGCAACCUGGUUUCACGGCAUAAUCUCUCGCCAGGAAGCUGAGGACCUGCUGAGCGAGAAAGGCCCUGGAUACUUCCUGAUCCGGGUCAGUGAGCGCAUCCUGGGAUAUGUCCUCUCCCACUGCAGCCAGGAAGGAUGCAAGCACUUCCUAAUCGAUGCCACGGACAACUGCUACAUGCUCCUGGGAGACCAGCUCAGCUUCUCAUCACUGGUGGAGCUGGUGGAGUACCAUGAGGUGGAGGCCCUCACCCCGUCCGGCGGGGAGCAGCUCCUGCAUGCGUGUGGACAGAGUGGGGGCACCGUGGACUACGCUGACCUCUUCACCCGAGUCUGAGACCACCGGACCUCCAGCAAGAGGCCGGCCACGCACAGAGGGACGACCGGGGGAAGAGCAAGGGAUCUGAUGGGGACACGGACCGGACCAGACCAGACCAGUAAUAGAGUCUCAAAGCUGAUGGGAUAGUUGAAGAUGGGGUACAGAUCCGAGACCAGUUGGUUCUUAUAUCUUGGAAUGGUCUUGAUUUCUGAUAUGGGGUGGGGGAACUGGUCCUGAGCCAGCUGAGAAGGGCAACUUGUACCAAGAGCAACCAAAUAAGGCUGUGUGUCAGUUGUGUGUAUUCUAGUUAGAGCUGUGUGUGCACAACAGACAUGGAGCCUUUUUGUUUGUUGCUUCAUCCUUAUUCUAUGUCAUUCGGAUACGUCGAGUCAUAUAUCAGAAUAGGUGAACUUUGUAACACUGCUUCAUCAAACUCACUUGUGUUAUGGACACGCCAUCCGAACAUCAUGUGCAGUCAGUUACAUGGCCAUGUGUUAGUGGUAAGUGCCUUACUUGCAGAUGGAAUGUGUCCUUCUGCUGAACAGAAAAUGUACAUCAACUGAAUUGGGAACUACCUAAUUUAAGUCUGCAUCAGUUGUUAUUAUUGUUGUUGUUGUUCACCUGUGUAAUUUGUAUAAAUAAAUUAAAGCUGUUUGGGUGCAAUAAUCUCA